AUGCUUCGACGUAUUUCAAGGCUCCUAUCCUCGGUACCCAAGCUUGAGCCUCUAAGACCACAGUUGGAACGUUCAGAUCCUCGAAAUGCCUUGAACACAGACUUCAUUGACACCGUCAAUAGCAUCGCCAGUGAGCAAAAACGGUUCACCAUCACCAACUACGAUACAAGAAUAAGAGUCAACCAUUACCUCCAAGCCGUAUUCCAGAGAGACUUCAAUCAGGCCUUCGAUCUACUAGGCAAGUUCAGAGAUAAGUGCAAGGUCAACAGGACCCAUACUUCGUUUGCUCGAAAUGUGCAACUCUAUGUAUCGUGCUUGAGCACCUUAGUAGCACAUUUUGCAUCCACAUCCGAUGGCUCAGAAAGAGAAUUCAAUGAGCUUGGAAACGUCAAAGAUAUGGUUGAACUGCUUCCUGGUUAUGUCGUACUGAAUGUCCUGCAAGAUCAGUUGACCCAACUCCGUAUACACCUACUAGUGGCAUAUUGCAGACAUUUCGAUAAGUUAUCCAAAAAGCAUGCAUUGAGACGUCAAAGAGCAAGAAAGUUGACCAUAUAUCUUGCUGAAAAGUAUGGGAUAACUCCUCAGUCUUUCGAGCAGGUGGUUGCAAGUGAGUAUUCAGAGCUCACGGACUCAUUUCGAGCCCUUUGGCCCAAUCUCAAAGCAAAGUCGGAGCUUUCCGAGAAAAAGUUAGAUGUUCAACCAUUCUUGAACAAAAACGGCUCGAUGAGCUUCACCAGUCUCUGUGACUUUAUAUCAUCUUCGAGGUUUCAAUUCGACGGUGACAAUCGUCCCAUGCAUGAGAUCUAUGACUCUCUACCCCAAUCCCAAAGAAACGAUUUCAUAGAUGCCUACCUUAAUCAUAAUAGGCUCCGCCAAAUAGAGGUGGAAAAAUACUGCGGCGCUCUUCAGGACUCACUCGCUCCCAAGCGUCAAGAAAGUACAUUUCAAAAGUUCAGCAUAGUUCACAGGCAUUGGCUACUGCAGUGGAACGCUGCUAUUUGCGAGAAUAUCAAAGCUCUUGAUACAGAGACUAAUCGAAGCCUUUCAAAAUUUGCAUUCUUUUACACUACCUAUCCCGCCGAGAAGCUUGCAUCCAUAGUACUUACCAGUAUGCUUUCGGCAACACUCAAGUCAGGACUGGUUGGAACGUUGAAGUUAGCCAAAGCAAUGCUGACCUCGCUCAAGCAAUCAAUUCGUCUGGAUCCUGAACUAAAACCCGUAUCGCAACAGCUCAAUCACUAUCUUAAUGAGGACGACUCCAUUGAGUUCUUCUGUGGCAUCAUAAAACUCGCCACAGAAAGCUGCAAACUACCUACAGACAGCGAGAUGCUAUCAAAAAGCUCGCAUGGUCAGCCUCUAUUCUCUGUAGGGUAUGCGAAGUCUACUCAAGAUAGCUCUCCUUACCAUAGAAUGGGCAUAAUCAGCCUCAACCAGGAGAUAAUCAUUCUUUUUCAAUCCUACAAGGACCUUCUACAUAGCGGUUCGGUGCUUUUGCCAAUGCUAUGUCCGCCUGAGAAGUGGACCUCACCAACACAUGGGGGCUAUUUGGAAGGGUUGGCUCCGAUGGUUCGCUCUUCAGACGAACAGACUACUUCGAAGUACAUCAACAAGGCUCAUGCCACAGGACAACUUCAAUCGCUUUAUGACGUUUUAACUCAACUUGGGUCGCUUCCCUGGACCAUCAACAAGGAAAUGCUGGACAUAUUCACGGAGUGCCUCAAAAAGCCUGAAGGAUUCCUCCUGAUACCACCGCCAUUGAGCGAAUUGCAUCCCCCGUUCUUUGAAAUGCCAAAAAAAAGUCUUUACGAAUCGGACUCUGAAUACGAGGGUCACAGGAGGGCUUAUUACAAGCAUAAGCGGGAGGCUGAGAAUGAGUACUUUGGACUUCGAGGAAACAGGAUUUCCUACGAGCUCAUGAACAAGGUCGCUUCAUGUUACGCUGACAAUGGUGAUGUUCUAUACUUGCCACAUAAUGUUGAUUUUCGUGGAAGAGUUUACCCAGCUGUUUCCUUUCUUUCCCAUCAUAACGAAGAUAUGAUAAGAUCGAUGUUGAUGUUCUGGGAUGCAAAACCAUUGGGACCGCAUGGAUACAAGUGGAUCAAGUACCAACUUGCGAACCUUUACUCUAAAGCUAAGCUCGAUAUGGAACAAUCCAUUGCAUUCGUGUCGGAGAACAUGGGAAACAUCAUUGCAUCCGCAAGUGGACCAUUCGAUGGGGAUCAGUGGUGGACGAAAGGCGAUAACCCAUGGCAAAGUCUUGCUCUCUGUAAGGAGAUACAUCUGAUAGAGAAUUUUGGAGGAUCGGAUGCGGACUACAUGUCGAGAAUCCCCGUUCAUCAAGAUGGAACAUGCAAUGGUCUUCAACAUUACGCCGCAUUGGGCGGUGACGAAGCUGCAGCUAGAUCAGUCAAUUUGCUUCCGGGAGAUCGAAAUGAUAUUUACUUAAAGGUUCUUGAAAUCGUAAAAAGGAAGAUACUUGAUGACGUUGAAAAUGAAUCUACCAAAGAUAUUGCGAGAAUAAGUCAGCCAUUGCUUCUGAGAAAACUCAUAAAACGAACAGUCAUGACCACCGUGUACGGUGUGACACACUUCGGUGCAGCUCGACAGAUCCAAGAGAACAUCGAGAGUUUAACUAACAAAACCCAUAAUACCGUCUCCUCCGAGUACACUGAAAGCCAAAUCGCCACAUACAUUGCCAGAAAUGUACUUCAAUCGAUAACGGAGCUUUUCUCGGGAGCCCAAGCCAUUCAGGAUUGGUUGCUUCGCAAUUGCUUGAGGUGUUUGAAAUCCUUCUCAAGUCACAAUUUGCAUUCCUUAAAAAAGGUCGACUUCUUUGGUCUGAAACACUAUCAGCCAAUGAUGUGGAGCUCCCUCUCGGGUUUUCCGGUUGUGCAGCUCUACCGACAUGAUGUGAAGAAAGAGAUUGUCACACCAUUGCAGAAGGUUUCCGUGGUGCAGAGAUCAAGAGUAAGCCACAUGAACUUGAGGAAACAGCUAAACGCUGUGGCUCCUAAUUUCAUUCAUUCGUUAGAUGCAAUUCAUUUGCAAAUGACUUGUCUCGAAGCCAAUCGCCAGGGUUUAAGUUUUGCUGGGGUGCAUGAUUCUUUUUGGACUCACGCUUGUGAUGUUCCAAAACUCAACAAGAUCAUCCGGCAAGAAUUUGUGAGGCUUCAUCACUCACAGAUCAUCCGAAACUUGAGGGAUGAUAUGAUCUACACAAAUCGAAAUGCAAUGCAAGUAGUGUGGGUGAACAACUCUGAAAGUCCGGCUCUCGUCGAAGCGUUCCAACUGAUGAGGCAGCAAUACGGUGCUGAGCAAACGAGACGUGGAAAAAUGUCCUUCAAUGAAAGUCUAAGGGUUGAGAUAGAAAACCCUAGACCUGUCUUGGCUUUGAUUGAGGAGCACAAACCUCGCCUUUGGUUCCAAAACAAGAACGGUAAGACUCUAGCUGAACGAUAUGACGCAGACGUGGGCGAAGAGCAGAAUGUCUCGCCUAAAACGCAUACCCCGGUGCUUGUUCCUGUGAGAAUUCUCCCGGAGCCGCCAGUUGGCAAGCUCGAUAUUGACAAAGUUCUCGAAAGCGAGUACUUCUUUUCCUAG